GUGGUUGGGAAAAAUCCUGGGAGGAAGGACUGACUCCAUGGGAUUUGGGACAGCCAACGCCAGUGGUUCAACAUCUUGUCCAAAGGGGAACCCUCCCAACAGGAAGGGUUUUGGUUCCUGGAUGUGGCAGUGGAUAUGAUGUGGUUGCUAUUGCCAGCCCCAAGCGAUAUGUAGUAGGCUUGGAAAUAUCACAUAGUGCUGUUAAGAAAGCCAAAGAGUGGUCUUCCUCAUUGCCAAAUGCAAAUUAUUUCACAUUUCUGGUAGCAGUUUUCACUUGGCAGCCAACUGAGUUGUUUGAUCUUAUUUUUGAUUACACAUUCUUUUGUGCAAUUGAUCCAUGCAUGAGGGCAGCUUGGGCAAGAAAAGUUAGAGAUCUUUUAAAACCAGAAGGAGAGCUUAUUGCACUGAUAUAUUUGAUUAGUGAUCAAGACAAAGGACCACCAUACAAUGUGACUGUAGCUGACUAUGAGAAGGUAUUGAAUCGUGUGGGUUUCAAGGCUCUUUCAAUUGUAGAUAAUGAGCUGGCAGUUGGCCCACGCAAGGGAAGGGAGAAGCUUGGAAGGUGGAAAAGGUGCAUAAACCAAUCAUGCCUGUGAAUGAAGACAUAAUCAGGAGAUCUCUUAUCUCUUCAUAGUUGUUCAUAAAUUGUAAUAGGCUAAUUGUCUUCUCCAGAUAUAAAUUGUCGGAACGUAAUUCCCUGAUGUGUAGAGAAAUUCCUUGAUUGGCAUUAAUCUGAAACCUUCAGUUUCAGUGUGAACAGAAACAUCAAUACGCUCAUUUAUCUUGCAAUACAGGAAAGUUGGAUGACAAUUUGAAA